AUGACAGGACCAAAGGAAGGCAGAGAAACAACACAGGAGAGGACGCCGGAAUUGGAUGAAUACGGGAGACUGACAUCUAUAGAGAGCCAAUGGCGCCUCGUGCCUCACUAUGGGCACCUAGAUGAGAUCCAGACUAACCAAUCGGAAGACGAGGAGGUCCAGACUAACCAAACAGAAGAAGAGGAGAUCCAGGCUAACCAGUCAGAAGCAGAGGAUGUUGUAGGAGCAAUUCCUUUCUUUAAAGAUGACUACUGCCCCUCCGAAUGUGCAUGUUACGGAAGGGUGGUUCAGUGUUCGGAUAAAGGCGUGGACAAGGUCCCCUAUGGCAUCCCCUAUAACGCCCGCUACGUCCUGCUGAUGAACAACCUGAUUGACACCAUACAGCUCGACCUGCUGGCCGAGUACCUCUCCAUGGAGUUCCUAGUGCUUAGCAACAACCGCUUGACGGACAGCUCGGUGGAGGGCGCGUUCGAGGGCAUCCAGAACCUCAAGCGUCUCUACCUGGACCGGAACCUGCUGAACAGCAUCCCGUCGGACCUGCCGGGCUCGCUAGAGGAGCUGCGACUGGACGGGAACAUCAUCAGGGUGAUGUCGGAGGCGGCGUGGGGCAGGUGUCCCGGCCUACUCAUCCUCAGCCUCAACAACAACAGCCUGGGCAACGGGUCGGAGGCCCUCCCGCCCGGGGUGCUCUCUCCCCUGGGCAGCCUCCGCACUCUCAGCCUCAACCACAACCACCUCCAGGAUCCCCCUUCCCUGCUCCCUGUCGGCCUUCGCGAGCUCUAUCUCCGCGGAAACCUCAUCCGCAGUUUCCACGGCGACAGCGUGUUCGGUGGUGACGCGGAGCUGCAGGUGCUGGACCUGAGUGCCAAUCUCCUCGGCAACAAGGGGCUGGGCAAGGAUGCUCUUCGCCGUGCCAACCGACUGGAGAGCCUGAACCUGGAGGGCAAUCUCCUCAGACAGGUUCCCAGACACCUGCCCGCGUCCCUCAAGACCCUUAACCUGGAGAGCAACAGCAUCGUCUCAGUGGGCAAAGCCGCGUUCAAGCGUCUGGCGAGCCUGGAGCACCUGGGCCUGGCCCGCAACAAGAUCGCCAGGGUGGCGCUGGGCGCGUUCCGGGCGCUUCCCAUUCUUCACCAGCUGGACCUGUCCCACAAUGCAUUGCGACAGGUGCCCAGGCAGCUGCCCACGGCGUCGCUGCACUUUGUGUCGAUCGCGCACAACAAGAUCCAGUCGGUGCCGAGGGAUGCGCUGUGUCACGGUGCCGUGGCGGGGGGAAAUGGAAAGGGAGACUCUGCUGCCCCCCAGAGUCCGUUGGUGAGAGUGCAGCUGGAGCAUAAUCAGAUCGACAUGGGCCGUCUGGACUCGCGAGCCUUCUGGUGCCUCAGAGGGUUCCAGGUGGUCCAUUUUGACUGA